AUGACGGGUCAGAACAGUCACACCACGGCCAGGGGCCCACCAGCAUACCCCAAGAGGGUGCUCGCAAGCGAGCCGUUUGCCGUCCAGAUGGAGACGGUGGACAAGGCCCUCAUUGAAGUGCAAAAUCAGCCAUCCAGCGUGUACAUCAACGGAAACCGGGGUAAGAAGAAGCCCAGUUUCGCCAAGGCAGGUGUGCCGCAGGCUCGAGGAGUUCCUGCCUACACCAUGGCUGCGUUCCAGAACUCAGCGCCCUUUGUCUCCCGAGGAGGCAGUUCGUUUGGAGGCCAUAACGACCAGGACGCUAGCCACGAUGGCAGCGUGGAUGGGUUCAUGGCGUCAGCCAAGGGCACCCCGAUCUUAGGGGAGCCGGUGAUGAGCGGCAGCAACAGCUCGUCCACCACUGUGGGCAGCAACAGCGACAGCACGCCUGGAGCCGCCAUGGCUACGUUUGGGUUGUUUGACCCGUUCAAGCCGUUCGAGACGUAUGGCGAAGUACUGUUUGCGUCGUCAGGACCGCUCGAUCUAGCGGGAACCUCCAGACUCACCUCCAUCUGGGGUACACCCAGCGGCAGCGGCCAGAAGCUCAGCGACACCACGGUGUGGGGCUAG